CCUCUUCUCGGAGAAGAAAUCUCUCUCUCUCUCUCUCUCUCUCUCUCUCUCUCUCCGCAUAACACACAGUUAAAUUAGCUUAGACGCAUUAAACAAUGAGUGUUUAAAGUGAGUCAGAAGUUCAAAUACACGGAAGCAAGUUAUGGAGGAUGGAAGUGUUUUGGGUGGUUCUAACACGAAGCCUGCUGUACUUCCAGCUGACAGCCUUCCUAAUUGUUCCUCUCAAGUUGUUGGUCCUUCUCUUUGGAUUUCCAGCUCUUCCCCUUCUUUUCAUGGCGACUCAGUGUCAUCUUCAACAUCUUUCGUUAACUUUGAAGAUGUUAGAGUUGAGAAUCCAAGAGAUGAUCUGUUUUCUGUUCCCCUUGAUGAAAGCGAAGAUGGCAAUGAGGACCACAAUGGCAGCUUUUAUCGCCGGGAGAAGAAAAGGCGGUUCACAGCCGAUCAGGUUAAGUUUCUUGAGAGGAAUUUUGAGGCAGAGAAUAAGCUUGAGCCACAGAGGAAAGCGCAGCUCGCCGAGGAAUUAGGCCUGCAGCCUCGGCAAAUUGCCAUAUGGUUCCAAAACCGGCGAGCCCGGUACAAGUCCAAGCAGCUCGAGAGGGAUUAUACUUGUCUGAAAACAAGUUAUGAAAGGCUUAAGAAUGAAUAUGAUGGCCUCCUCGAGGAGAAGGAAAGAUUGAGAAAUGAGGUUCAUUUGCUGAGAAACAGACUGCUUCCCAGAGAAAAGGUGAUCAAUCCCAAUUCAGAACCGACUGAACCCUUAGCAGAACCCGAGAAACAGAUCUCCAUUGCAGCUUCUGAGACCAAGCAGGAAGAUGCAAGUUCAGCCAGGAGUGACGUUCUUGAUUCAGAAAGUCCACAUUGCUACGCCAAGCAAACCCAGUCUUUCUUGUUUGGCCCAGAGCUACCCGAUUUCUCACAUGAGAAGGAAGAUGAGCUCACUAUGAGCCUCUACCCGCCUCUGUACUCCCCUAAGCUUGAUGAACAGUGUUAUACUGGAGCAGCCGAAAGCUCUUUUGGUCAACCUUAUUGGUUUUGGCCGUAAUGAUCAUUGUCAGGACAUUGAAUCAGGCUGAGUGAUCCUUUUAGUGAUGUAAUGUGUUGAUUUUCUAUUGCAAUUGUAAGUUUGAAUUGAAUAAUGAUGGUCAAAUUCAGCUCUAAAUAACGGUUCAUAUUCAUGGUAGAAGUUGAUAAUUAUGUGUGUGUUAUAUG